AUGAGAGCCAAAGUCACUAAGCUUUGCACUAUUGGCUUUAUUCGGGAAGCUGUAUACCCAGUAUGGCUGGUAAAUUCCGUUAUGGUUCGGAAGGCAAAAGGCGAAUGGCGAAUGUGCCAAGACUAUACCGAUCUGAACAAGGCUUGUCCAAAGGAUAGCUUUACGUUACCUCGAAUCGACUAG